CUGCCUGGAAGCUUCAAGCUACGAGCGCACCUCAUCAUUGCUACGAACGACAGAAACCCCCUUCACUGAAACCGCAACAUUUCAAUCAAUCAAAAUAUAGAACCGCCACUUCCCAUCCCACCAAACUGCCCACUUCGAUUUCCAGGCAUCACGGCCACUCAGCCUCCUCCGAUCUCCCUCAACCGACACGCAUCAUGGCGUCCAAUACGUCGCAUGAGGAUGCCGUCAAUCACUUUUCUGACUUGACCGGUGUUUCUGCAAACGAGGCCAAAACCUAUCUCACAACCUAUCACUGGGACAUGGAUCAAGCCCUCCAAGCUUUCUACGAGGAUGAAGACGAUGAUACACCCGGAGCCCGCGCUAUGCCAGCACCAGGCCAGGAAGACAGCUACACCGGUCCGAGGACGCUGGAUGGACGUCCUGUUCCCUACUCAUCGGGCGCCACUGCUUCAUCAUCGUCACAGGCCCCGAAGAAAAGCACUGGCGGCAGCAAGCUGAGGACAUUGGGCGACCUAUCUGGACAGGAUGAUGAAGACCAUCAGGACGAUGAGGCGAAGCGCCGGAGUCUGUUUGCUGGAGGAGAAAAAUCAGGACUUGCAGUUCAGGACCCCAGUCAAGCCCCUCGAGAUCUUGUCCGGGACAUUAUUGAGAAGGCUCGCCGUAACGCCGAACGUGGAGGUCCUUCUUCUUCUGGUGGAGCUGCUCCCGAGGCACCAAGUCGAUUCACUGGGUCUGGCCAGACCCUAGGCGGCGAUGGCGUCCCGUCGCGUACCAUCCCUGACCCUCGUGGCUCUCCUAUCCCCCGUGAGACCAGCCAACCGCAACAGACCGUAGAGCGCACACUUCAUAUGUGGGAGGACGGCUUCAGCAUCGAAGACGGCCCAUUGCACAGGCUGGAUGAUCCCCGUAACACCCAGACGCUUAGGAUGAUCAACCAGGGUCGGGUUCCCCUGCACCUCAUGAACAUCAACUACGACGAGCAGGUGGAUGUUAAGCUUGUCAAGCAUGAGGAGAACUGGCACCAGCUUCCCCGCAUCUACAGACCAUUUGGAGGUGAAGGUCGGCGGUUGGGAAGUCCGGUUCCGGGCGAUGGUAACACCGCGGUGUCAAGCUCUGCAACCACAACCCAAGCUCCCGCAUCGAGCUCCAGCAACUCAGCAUCAAACCCUACUACAAGCCUGGACGAGUCCCUGCCCAUCCUAACGAUCCGUAUCCAGAUGCCCAACGGCGCCAGGGUACCUGCCCGGUUCAAUACGACGCAGACAGUGGGCGAUGUCUAUGAGUUUGUGCAAAACGCCCACCCUGAAACACUUACAAGGAAUUGGGUACUUGCAACAACCUUCCCAAACAAGGAGCACAUUGACUGCUCCACGGUGUUGGGUGAAAUGAACGAGUUCAAGAGGGGCGGAACGGCAGUUGUCAAAUGGGUCUAAAGGUGUACUGUGGAAAUUAUUGGGAGUUUUGGUAUCAGUGGAAAAGUGCUGCAAAUCAAGGCCUUUCAAAGCCUUGGGUUGGGCGCGGGGUUGUUAACGGGCUAGUUGUGCGACAGUCGCCUUGGGAUUUGUCAUUAGGGUAUAGGGAUACAGGCGUUGCUUCCAAGUCGAUCAACCUCGGAGACCGGCAGAUACUAGCUCGCGGGUAGAUUUUGCAUUCAUUGACAUGACUUGCCAUGCCGUCGAUCGUUUGAAGGUACUAUUAUGCAGCGUAAUGCUUAGAUUCAUGCAUAUCACCAAAACAAAUGGUAAAUAAUAAGGAUCAAGUGGAUGAAGAAAUCAAGUCUGCGUAUUAAAUACAAUGGGUA